AGAAGUAGAACGCAAUUUGGCAAACUUUCAGUACCGAGCGAACAUUCUUAACGAUCGUAUUGUAAUUUUACCAUAAGUAAACAAUUAUUAUAAUUAUUUGCCGGCAAUCAUGGCUAUCUCAUUGAGCACAGAAGACAAGUUGGAAUACAAAUUCUAUCCAGUAUCAUCUCAGCAGCUUCAAUUUCGCGUAAAAGCGCCAAACGAUGCUCAUAUCGCAUUAACUGCUGGUCCCUUUGAAGGAGAACCCAUGUUUGAAGUUUUUAUCGGCGGGUGGAGCAACAGUAAAUCGGUAAUCAGAAAAAACCGUUCUAAACCUGACAUCACUGAAGCUGAAACUCCUGGCAUUUUAGACGCCAAUGAAUUCCGUGGUUUUUGGAUCAGAUGGAACCAAGGAAUUUUAACUGUCGGAAAGGAAGGAGAACAUUCACCAUUCAUGACGUGUAAUGAUCAUGAAAUAGCGGUUAUUAAUCAUUUUGGCGUUUGCACCGGAUGGGGAGCUCAUGGUGAAUGGCUAAUUGAAGCAAGGUGUAUCGGCGGUUAUGGUCAUCCAAAUGUUAAUGCCCGACCAUCGGCACCUGCUGAACUUGUGACAGCUGGAAGUAUUUGCUGGUGCGAUGCCUCCGGAAGUUCAAUGCCACCGGGCGCAGUUGCGGGUGGCCGUGACGACGAGCCGCUGUUUAUUGGACGCGCAAGUCACGAAGGCGCGAUGAUCCCUGGAAAAGUUAAGCCGAGUCAUGGAGUUUGUUACGUCGCUUGGGGUGGUCAGGAACACGGAAAACCCGUGUACCAGGUUUUGUGUGGAUGUAAUCCACAAUGGGUACCAACAAGUGGUGGAAAUAUCCCCUCAAACUCAAUACCCGCGGGUGAAACUGAAGAUGGCGAGCCACUUUUUGUGGGUCGCGUUCAUCAUGAGGGAACGGUCACCAUCGGAAAAGUCCAAGCAUCGCACAACGUCUGCUACAUCCCAUAUGGCGGUUCCGAGGUCGCUUUUCCGGAAUACGAAAUUCUCGUUGGCCAGUAAACGGCAAUUAUUUAAAGAAUAUAAAUCUAAGUCUAAAUGAAGCUAAGCUGCUUGAAUGUUUAAUAAAAAAUAAAUUGAAUCUCGUUCAUAGAUCCGAUUAAUUAUUAAUUAUUUAUUAAUUAAUAAUUGAUAACUAAUUACUGCAGCCGUUUAAAAAUUCGGCUUACGCACACUGGCAACUAACAUGAAAAUAUUUAAGACUUGUUACAAAAUGGUGAAGCUUUGCCUUAAAUUAUUUAAUUAUAACCAAAUAUAUAUUUAUAUAUUUAAUAAAUAUUUUUUCUGA